CAAACGAAUAGUUGCUUUAGUUAUCCCUUCUAGUUAGAGUUGAAGCUAUGAAGUCGGUUUUAGUUAUAGUUUCCUUUCAGACCUGUUUGAAAUGAGUCUUUGAAGAUGGGAAUUUUGUCUGACCCGGAUAGGAGAAGCUCGCUGGUCGAGCUGGCUACUAAGUAUGGCAACUUGGUCGCAGUUCUUCUCUACAUUCUAAACUUUGUCGCCUUCCUCGCCCUUUUUCAUCCGAUGUUGCGCGAGAGAACUUACUUCUCGGAAAAUGCGCUGCUAGCUAAUCAAGUUGAACUGACGUUCAAUAGCGAACAUACGGCUGCUAAACUGGAAAGGGAAAUGCGCGAACUUGCCUCGGCUAAACGACAAAUGCCUCACGAUUGGAUUGUUGAUAAAUUAGUUGAAACGGAUAUUGAAGCUUAUGUGCAAAAUUUCACUGUUUUCCACCCAUUUAUGAAGCAGCCGAAAACAGGUCGAAAUGUUUAUGGGAUCAUGCGAGCUCCUAGACACAGUAGCACAGAAAGUAUAGUAUUCGCUAUUCCUUAUGACAUAAAUACUGUCUACAAAAGUAUUCCUCUAAUGUUGGCGUUAGCUCAGCAUUUUAGAAACCAAAUUUAUUGGGGCAAAGAUUUGAUUUUCGUGUUUUCGGAUUCGAAGCUAAAUGGACUGCAAGCCUGGCUGCAGGCGUAUCACGGGCACCCGGAGUCGGGUGCCAUUAAGGGCUCAAGGCUUGAAACUAGAGGAGGUAGUAUUCAAGCGGCUCUGAGUAUUGAAAUCAGCCAAUCAUCCUGCGACGGGCUUAACUUUAUACUCGAAGGAAUGAAUGGACAACUACCCAAUCUCGACUUGUUCAACGUUAUGGAUAAGUUGACAAGGUCAAAUGAUGGUAGCGUGUAUCUUCACGGAAGAAGAGAUCCUCCCACUAGGGAUUUGUUCCAGAACUGUCUAGGAAUGGUUAAAACGUCGCUCUUAGGCAUGUGGCAACAAGCUUCUGGGCGCCCAGUUUCAGGACACUCCCUCUUUUUGCCAUAUCACAUAGAUGCUCUGUCAAUCAAGUGCCAGAGUGAUUUUGUUCUCGCGGCUUCUGGACGUAAUAGAAUCCCAAACAUGGGCUAUGCCAACAUCGCGAGGACUAUCGAAGGAACCGUGAGGUCAAUUAACAACCUGCUGGAAAGGUUUCACCAGUCGUUUUUUUAUUACAUAAUGCCAAGUACUAAUAAUUACAUAUCAAUUGGGCUUUACAUUCCAGCAUUGGUGAUUUGUCUGCUUUCUAGUGCAAUAGUAGCAAUUUCUCUGUGGCACAAAUCGCUAGAAGUUUUGCAUGUGUUUGAGCAGCCGGAUAUUCCAAGUUUGAGAAUUAUUCCGGACGUGACUUCGGUUUUCAGAAUUCUGAUUUCUGCGUUUCUGUUACCAAGCGCUGUUUACUUCGCGGUUCCUUAUUUCAAUGAGUUCCAACUGCAGUACCUCUUAGAAGAAAGUAUCGACAACGCAGAUAUUUUGAUGCUGACUUUUCUGAUGGCCUUUUUAGCCAUAGUUACUAUACCAUUAUACAUGCCUUCACUUUAUUGCCAAGAAAAAUUAACAAUGAGUCAACGUCAAGUGUACAAAUCAAUUGCAAUGUUUUUGAGCAUCAUCGGAAUAGGGUGUAAUUGCGUGGCCAACUUUUCGUUGACUUAUUUCAUAGCAAUUAUAGCGGUGCCUUUGAUGAAUUUGACAGCCCCAUCUAAAUGCAAGUUUAUGCGAAGCAUUCAGAAAUUAAUAUGCUUAAUCAUAUCGCCUCUUACCAUUGUUUUAGUGAUGCCUGUUGUUUCAUUUAGCUACAGUUUUCCUGGUGAAGAAAUAAACAUGGACGUAUGGUACUCGCAAGUGAAAGGACUCAUUUCUAAGGUGGUACAUGAAAGUUAUGUCCAUAACUCGGCCAUGCUGUGGCAAAUGUGGGCUUUGUUUAUACCGCUAUGGCUUCUGCACUGGUUUAUGCUGUGGUUGCCUAUAGUUGAAAGUGACCAAACGGAGUCUUGUCUCUUACAUAAACCUGAGUCUGAAAUUGAAAAUAACCUGAAAUCUGAAACUGAGAAUGAAAUUAAUCAGAAACCUGAAACCGAGGAAGUUGAAGCGCAAGAAAUUGAGAAUGAAGACAAAAUAAACAAAGAAAAAUGAAUAUCGGUUCUCCAACUUGAAUGAAUAAUUGAAAUUCUACUUAAAUUGAAUUUCUGCGCUUUAAACUGCAGCAAAAUCAAACUUCAAAACUUCAAAUUGGCAGUGUAAAAUUUAUUUCAAUUAGCUGCUGGCUUCCGUAAGGUUAUUGUUAAAAACAAUGAAUUAAUCUGAUUCUUCGUGAAUGAGUUACCCAAACGAUUUGGAUAUACUUUUUUCCUGAAAAUUGAUGCAAAUUUCUCUUUGAAAUGAUUGUUUUUUCAAAGUAUGUUUUAACUUGGCUCGGGAGGUCUGCUUUUUUGCAACCGUACAUGCAAAAAAUACCCUUGCAUAAAAAUACUAAUGUUUUGGCUGAUUUAUAACCGCUAUAUAUUUCUUGCAUGGAACCGCUCAAGUGAAAUGCAAUUUUGGUAAAGUAUUCAUAUUGACACUGUUUUUCCCCGUUAAGCCCUA